CAUAUACAUAUCCUGCUCAAACCCCAACCUGUAAAUGAGUAGGCUAUCCACCGGAGUCUAGACAUCUUUCAGCAGUGUUCAACGUAACAACUACUAUCGUCGCCUUCCACAAUGGUUCUCGACAUCAAGGCUCUCGUGCUUGAUCUAGGUGGGGUUCUUCUUGAAUGGGACCGCCACAGCGUAACGUCUCUAUCCUCGGGUCAGUUUCUGACUAUCAUGAAUUCAAUAGCUUGGCAUGACCUAGAUAGGGGUAAGUUGACUGUCAAGGAGGCUUGUAAGGAAUUCGGGGCCACACUCGAGAUCGAGCCUUCUAUUAUCGAGCAUGCUUUAGACGAGGCACAACUCUCUUUGACUGUUAAUGCCCCAUUGACGCAGACGAUUCGGGAUCUGAAGGAAUUAAUUCCCGACCUGGAGCUCUACAUCAUGUCCAACAUAUCCCGAGAGCAUUACAAGAAGGCGCGGAUGCUGAGCUUGCCUUGGGACAUCUUCAAGUCGAUCUUCAUUUCAGGCGAAGUAGGCGAGAGGAAGCCUGAUUUAUGUUUCUUCCAGCAUGUGGUACAGCAGACCGGGGUGGAUCCAAGCCAGAUCGUCAUGAUCGACGAUACGGUCGAGAACAUCUGCGCAGCCCGGUCUGUGGGCAUGCACGGGCUACUCGCAGAUGACGAGGCGACCAAGAGUGGCUGCGCGCUGCUGAACCUCCUUCUGGACCCGCUGCCGCGAGCGGAAGCUUACCUGAAAAGCAAUGCGAAAAAGCACCAUUGUGUCGUCGAGGGUGCCGAAGAUCUCGCACUCAAGGAUAACUACGCUCAGAUGCUACUCUGGGAGCUCACGGGUGACGAAAACCUCGUCUACUUCAAGUGGCCGUCUGAGGAGCUUCACGGAACCCCGGCCGGGGACUCUACUAACGGCUGUGUCAACGGUCAAAACGGGGGCUCUAUUAAGUCAGACCUGAACUAUGGCCUCUGGAACUACUUCUACGAAGAGCCCGUUCUCACAACUCGAUACUUCCCGCCCGACGCGGACACGACAUCAAUAGCUUACCUCUCUCUCCCGCCAAAGUACCUGUCCAUGGUCGCGGACGUCGAGCUUGUCUUGGAUGCCAUGGCUACUAACUUGAACUCAGACGGGAUCAUGCAGACGUACUUUGCCAGCGACCGGCCUCGAGCUUCUCCUGAGGUCUGCUGCAACAUGCUUUGCCUUUUCUACCGCUUUGGCCGUGGCGCCGACCCCCGCAUUCGGAAGACCGAGGAAUGGGUGAUCAGCUGCCUGAAAAACAAUGCUUGCCUCAACGGCAGUAGGCACUACUCGACGCCCGAGACCUUGUUGUACUUCGCGUCUCGCUUGCGGGUCGAGUGUGGACCUGGCCGUCUGGCGAACGAGCUAGAUGUCGUCAAGGGGCAACUUGGAGAGCGUCUCGGGGUGCCUGUGAAUCCACUAUCGCUCGCGUUUCGCAUCUCAGCGUGCCAGCUGGUAGGCAUCGAUGAAAAGCUGUACAGAAAAGACGUUGCAACACUCUUGUCUCUGCAAGACAGAGAUGGUGGGUGGCCAGCCGGGCAUUUCUGCUGCAUUGGAAAGACAGGGGCUCGCAUUGGAAAUCGCGGCUUGACGACGGCUCUAGCAGCCAAGAUCAUUAGGGGGGAAAGGGGGAUCAUGUAGCAGACUCUUAGGAUACUAUGUUUGCACACCUAGAAAGACUAUUGAUCUGCCUUG